UUCUUAAAUAGCUCCAUGGGCGUCUGUUCCCCAUUGCACAGCAGUGGUUUUUAAAUCCAGUGCCUGCAUGGAGCUGAGUGGCUGCUGGUGCAGGAGAGCUUUGCUGAGGAACAUCUCCAGACCUCUUGUUUGGCUUGAUGUCCCAAAGAGGGGCAGCCUUUGGUAACAACAAACCCCAAACUCUUUAGGACUAUAGGAGCUGUAGCCACAGCCACUAGUCAUGGUGCACCAGAGUCCAAUGAUAGCCAUGUUGUUCCCGUCUUCUGCUGCAUACCAAAGUCCAGGUGCCCUUUUUGCUGCAAGUCACUGAAGUUCUUCAUUGUUGAAGAACCUGUUUUUUGGCUGGGAUCACCAAGCUUUGCCAAAAGAAAGGGCCAGGAAACUCCCCCAGCUGCAUUGCCUCGCGCUCCAGCCUUGCAUCCUCUGCACAUGAGAAUGUAAAAGGUGCUGUAAAAGGAGUUCAAGGUUGUUCAGCAUGGGGAAGCUGGAAGGAAGGACUGCUGCAUGAAGGAGAGUUGGGAAAGAGACUGAGGUCUUCUGCAAUGCGAGAAAAGGGUUUCUGACCCUUGGAGAUGGCUAAGGCAGCACUGUAUGGGUGGAAAUCUAUUCCAGGCUGUGUGUAUAAUAGGGGCCUGUAGUGUGAUGUUGUACCAUAUACGUUGAUCUCUUUGUGUUUUUCAGGGGGGCUUUAGCUCCCUUUCUAGUAAAUUUGAAUAUCAUGAUGGUGGGCUUGGUUUUUCAGUCACCUAUUGCAGCUAUUGCCCACAGCUGUGAAAGCUGCUGCUCAGGAGAAUCAAACCACUCCCGAAGGAACUCCUUGGGUAGAGUUAAAUUCAUUCCCAGCAGCUCUAUGAAUUGUAGCCACCUUGUUUGCUCUGUUGUACUCUCUGGGAACUUCACCCCCUGCUCCCAUUGUAAUCCCCAGUAGAAAUGGGUGACAGGAGCUUUUAGUAAUGCCUUGAGCAUAUUGUGGCAAUGCAAAGGAUGCUUGAAUUUUCUGCUUUCACAUCAGCAACCUUUGUCCAUGGCAGGACAGAAUCAGCAUGGGCUGAAAUAGCAUUUAACCCCACACAUGUUGAGUAUCUUUAGCAUUUCAGUGUGCACAGGUGCUGUUUGCAGAGGGAUUCUUUUUUAUGUGUAGCUGGGAGGUGUUCUCAAGUGUACCAAGGGGAUCAGAACAUUCCUAGGUUGCUGCUUAGAAAUUUCUGUUGUUGUAGACAAGGUCACAGCGCUCAGCUAGGUGUGUCUGAGUUGAUUUUGUUGCGGCUUUCAAGGUAUUUUGGAGGUGUCUCUCCUAAUAUCCAGGAGUAUGUCUCAUUCCAGGCACUCAGCUGUCGCUGGCAGCAAUUUCCAUGCAAUUUUAAAUGCUGCUUCAUAGUGCUAAGUAAUUGUGUGCUUUACAAAAGCAUUGUUUUAUGGCAGUUGGUUGCUGUGGUGCAAAGCCCACUUUGGGGUAAUUUGUCUAGAAAUACACUGAUUGUUUCAGUAAAGGAACUCUGCAUAAUUGUUUUUCCCAUUAACAGAUAAAACAGCCCUUCCUUCAGGCACUUGUUUCACUGAAAUUUCCUUGUCCCUCAGCAUUCCAAGCAGUUGGCUAUUGUCUCAUUUUUCCUGAACACAAUAUUAAUGACUUGUGUGGUCAGCUCAUAAUAAUUACUUUAUCCCCCAUAUAUCUUUUUGCCUCCAAUAUCCUCUUGGCUUGUACCAGACUGAAUUAUAACAGAGCUGUUUGUCAGCAGGAUUUUCUUUGGUUUGUUUGGGUUUUUUAUUUUUAUUUUAAUUUUAUUUUAUUUAAUGAUCAAGUUUCCUUUAUUACUUCUUUUUAAAAUUCUUUUUUCCUACUUAUUGAAGCCACUGGAGUUCAGCUAGGAUGAGUGAAGUUGGGUGUCUGCAGUGUGUGUGGAUCAAGUGACUGAUUAAAGUUUUAAGGCAAAGGUACCACCAAAAUUUGUGGUACCUAUAUGUGCAGAUAGAAGUUAUCAUCUUUUAUUUUACAUCUGAAGUAAAAUUGUGUUUACAGGCUCCAUCAUUAUGGGUGUGCAUACUGAAACUGGCACCUGCAGUUUAUUUCUGUGGAUGCAGGGAAUAGUUUGGAAACCUUUCCCUGAGCCUGUUUGUUUCUUAAGACACAGGUGGUGUCAUGACUUAAUCUCAUGGUUAACAGAACCAGUACUUGAAAAAAGUAUUGCUCCUGGAAUUUGCUCCUUCUUUCUGGAAUAAGCUUGGACUUCCUGUAGGUCCUGGUCCUGUGAGAUGCUGCUUGCUGUGGCACACAGUUGAGAGUUUCUGGAACUAUGUCCUUCAUGAAGCACAAAUACUGCACUGGCUGAGUACGAAUUGUGGGUUUGUGGUAUGUUUCCUUGUCUGUGGGUCCCACAGAAAGGGACUGAGUGUGUAGAUUGCUUUAAAUAAGGGUGAGGUGUUGGUUCAGGCUUCUGCAUAGCAACAGAUAAGCUCCGGGCUGGCUUAUCUUCUCACAGAGAAUUUACAUUUGCUUUUCUUUGUCUUCUUUCUGACUUCUUUUAGCCUCAGCUUGUUUAUUCCCAUAAGUCAUGUUCCCAUCCUUGACUCUGCACUUCUCUCUUGCAUUACUCACUUGGCUUCCUCUCUGCUUUCCCUCUUUGCCAGCUCCCUCCUUCACCCUCUGAUCACUGAGCUGCUGCCACCGUUUCUGAAUCCUCCCCCAGACCAUCUCCCCAGGCUUCUCCUCUGCUCCCCUCUGACAGGCGCCUCCUUAAUGUCAGCAGCGACUCUCAGCUAAUUAUCUGGCUUGCUGAUUAACAGUUUUCGAGGGCAGAGCUGCCUGGGGCUUUUUGUUAAGGCUCUGAGCAAAUGCCAUUUUAUGGCUCCUGGUGCUGGAAGCUGUCUUGCUGCUUUUCCUGCUCGUAGCCCUGUGGAUUCUCCAUAGCCAGGUGGCUCAGAUGGAUGAAUGGGAAUUGUGGCUCCAGAGGGACUAAUGCCAGAGCUUGGUCUCUGGACCACAGGGAUGAGGAAGCCUCGGAGGAGGUGCCGGCAGCACUUGGAGGGGCGGCGUUCUCCCUCUCCCUACAGCCUCAAGUGCUCCCCCACCCGCGAGACGCUGACCUAUGCCCAGGCCCAGCGCAUCGUGGAGGUGGACAUCGACGGGCGGCUCCAUCGCAUCAGCAUCUACGACCCCCUGAAGCUCAUCACCGAGGACGAGCUGACAGCCCAGGACAUGACUGAGUGCAACAGCAACAAGGAGAACAGUGAGCAGCCCCUCUUCACUUCCAAAUCUAAGAAAACACCUUCCAAAGGCAAGAAGGAGUCCUGCUCCAAACAUGCACCAGGGAUGUCUUUGCACUUGCCCCAGCCCAAGUUCCGUGUGGUGGAGUCCUUCAGCCAGCCAGAUGCCCGUCCCCUCCCUGCUGCCUACUACCGGUACAUUGAAAAGCCUCCUGAGGACCUGGAUGUAGAAGUGGAGUACGACAUGGAUGAGGAGGAUCUGGCAUGGCUUGAGAUGGUCAAUGAGAAGAGAAGGGCUGAUGGUUAUGGGACAGUUUCUGCUGACACUUUUGAGCUGCUGGUGGAUCGGUUGGAAAAGGAGUCGUACCUUGAGAGCCGGAACAACGGGGCUCAGCAGUCCCUCAUCGAUGAGGAUGCCUUCUGCUGUGUCUGCAUGGAUGAUGAGUGUCACAACAGCAAUGUCAUCCUGUUCUGUGACAUUUGCAAUCUGGCCGUGCACCAGGAGUGUUACGGUGUGCCCUACAUCCCCGAGGGGCAGUGGCUUUGCCGCUGCUGUUUACAGUCCCCUUCUCGCCCUGUGGAUUGUGUCCUUUGCCCGAACAAAGGGGGAGCCUUCAAGCAGACCAGUGAUGGCCACUGGGCUCACGUGGUCUGUGCCAUCUGGAUCCCAGAAGUCUGCUUUGCAAACACUGUGUUCCUGGAGCCCAUCGAAGGGAUCAAUAACAUCCCUCCAGCUCGCUGGAAGCUAACAUGCUGUAUCUGCAAGCAGAAGGGCAUGGGAGCUGCUAUCCAAUGCCACAAGGUGAACUGUUACACUGCCUUCCACGUCACCUGUGCACAGAGAGCCGGUCUUUUCAUGAAGAUUGAACCCAUGAGGGAGACCAGCAUCAACGGCACGACGUUCACCGUGCGCAAGACUGCCUACUGUGAGAGCCACUCCCCGCCAGGCACAGUGAGAAGAGGGUCUCCAGCUGGUGGUGGUGAUGGGCAGGCGGUCACUGUGAAGGAGGAGGGAGUGGAAGAACCCCAUUCUGGCCCUCCCAAAGGGUCUGUGAAGAAGAACCAAGUGAAAUUGAAGCAAAAGAUCAAAAAGGAGCCUAGUGACGUGACCAAAAGGCGUUUGUCCAUGCCUGUGGUGACCAUUGCACAAAUUCCCUCUUACAGGCUGAACAAGAUCUGCAGCGGGCUCUCCCUGCAGAGGAAGAACCAGUUCAUGCAGAGGCUGCACAACUACUGGCUGCUGAAGCGGCAGGCAAGGAACGGGGUGCCCCUGAUACGGCGGCUGCACUCACACCUGCAGUCCCAGAGGAACACUGAGCAGAAGGAGCAGGAUGAGAAGACAAGUGCAGUGAAGGAGGAGCUGAAGUACUGGCAGAAGCUCCGGCAUGACUUGGAGCGGGCUCGACUGCUCAUUGAGCUCAUCCGAAAGAGGGAAAAGCUCAAACGGGAGCAGGUCAAGGUGCAGCAGGCUGCCAUGGAGCUGCAGCUGACCCCUUUCAAUGUCCUGCUCCGCACAACCCUGGACCUGCUGCAGGAGAAGGAUGCUGCCCAGAUCUUCACAGAGCCUGUUAACCUGAACGAGGUUCCAGAUUACCUGGAAUUCAUUUCCAACCCAAUGGAUUUUUCCACCAUGAGGCGGAAGCUGGAGUCCCACCUGUACCGAACCUUGGAUGAGUUUGAGGAAGACUUUAACCUUAUAGUUGCCAACUGCAUGAGGUAUAAUGCUAAAGACACGAUUUUCCACCGAGCAGCUGUCCGGCUCCAGGACCUCGGGGGAGCGAUUUUGCGUCACGCGCGGCGCCAGGCCGACAGCAUCGGCUUUGACACUGGCGUGGGGAUUCACCUGCCUGAGUCGCCCAAGCCCCAUGACUUUUACCGCUUUUCCUGGGAGGAUGUGGAUAACAUCCUGGUCCCGGAGAACCGGGCUCACCUGUCCCUGGAGGUGCAACUGAAGGAGCUGCUGGAGAAGCUGGACACGGUGAGCACCAUGCGCUCCAGCGGUGCACGGACGCGGCGUAUCCGGCUCCUGCGGCGCGAGAUCAACUCCAUCCGCCACAAACUGGCCCAGCAGCAGAGCAAGGCCCUGCCCAACGGGGACACUGUGCCACGGGAGGGGCUGGAGACAACAUCCAGGGAAGGGGAUGAGGAAAGGGAGAAAGGAGAUGGUGCCAAGCUCCCAUACCCUCCAACCCUGGAGCCCACAGGACCAGCACCCAACCUCUCAGAGCUGGACUCUCUGCAGGACCCUCCAACACUCAAACCCAUCAGUGAAAGCAGGUCCUUGAACCAGCUGCAGAGGAGGAUGGUGUCGGACAGGGAGCUCUUCGACAAGAAGUCUCUGCAGCAUGAGAGCCAGGCUUUCCAACGCCUGCUGUCCAACAACAGCCUCAACGGCCUGGCUCUGCCCCCUGCAGACAGCCCUGCCAGCCCUGCCCUCAGCAGCGUGGGCCGGCGGACAUCUGUCCUUUUUAAAAAAGCCAAGAAUGGCAUGAAGCUGCAGAGGAGUCUGGAGUGCUCGCUGGAGAAUGGGGAAGAGCACAGGCAGGGCGGGCAGGGCUCACCCUCCUGCCCAGAUGGGGAGCGACAGGCACAGAAACGGCCCCAGAGCAGGACCUGCAGUGACAGCAAUGGAGAGAAAUCACCCAGGCAGGCAGCACAGAGAGGAGUGACCAAUGGUUUUGCAAAACGUGCAGGGAGUGGCUCUGACUCGGAGUGCAGCUCUGCCCUGGGCAGUGGGCUGGUGUUUGAAGCCUGCAGUGGUUUGAUGCCUCCCAAGCGGAGUCGAGGGAAGCCGGCUCUUUCUCGGGUGGCCUUCUUGGAGGGUGUGAAUGGAGAUUCUGAUUUCAGUGGCUCAGGCAGGCCUCUCCUGAUGUCCUUUGAUAGCCAGACUGAGCUGGAGCCCCUGGAGCUCGUGUGGGCCAAAUGCCGUGGUUAUCCCUCCUAUCCUGCCUUGAUUAUUGACCCCAAGAUGCCACGCGAGGGUUUGCUGCACAACGGAGUCCCCAUCCCUGUGCCCCCCAUGGAUGUCCUGAAGCUGGGGGAGCAGAGGCAGACAGAGGCAGGAGAAAAGCUCUUUCUUGUCCUUUUCUUUGACAACAAGAGAACCUGGCAGUGGCUGCCACGGGACAAAGUCUUUCCCCUGGGUGUGGAUGACACCGUGGACAAGCUGAAGAUGAUGGAGGGACGCAAAACCAGCAUCCGCAAAUCGGUGCAAGUGGCCUAUGACCGAGCCAUGAUCCACCUGAGCCGAGUGCAGGGGGACAACCCCUUCAUCCCGGGCUCCUACCUGUGAGGGGUUGCUGGGCCAGCCCUCCUGCUCCUCCACACGUCCAGCUCACUGCACUGCAGGGUGCAGCACCUCCAGCAGCUGCCAGCACUCCUCAGAGUACCCUGAAAUGUGCCAAAAAACACCUUGUCCAGCUUCUUCCUGAAUGUGUCUUGCUGAAGAGCUGGCAGAAGAUGAAAUGUAGUCUACAGGGAGUAAGGUAGGUAGGAAAAGCUGACAGGUGGCAGGAGCCAAGGUGAGUUGCUGCAGUGAGCAGAGCACACAGCUCUUGGAUGUUUGGACGUCAUACACCAUCCCCUGCUCCUGCCUCCCCUGGACUGCCAGGGUUUUGAGUCAUCAGCCAGUCCCAGGUAAUUCCUGGGAACCUGGCACCCCCAGGAUCUUUAGAGGAAUCCCAACUGGACUUUCUUGUGCCAAAUUUAACCUAACCAUUGUUGGCCUUUUCAUUUUUCUUUAUAUGACAUUGUCCUGUCACAUAAAAACCCCACAGAAUUGUAGCUGGGAGCUCUGAUUGUGAUUCUCUUGCCUAUGUACAUCGUGUUUUCAUGUUUAGAUUUCUCUCACUGCAUUACAAAAAGCUUGAGAUUUUGGUAACCUUCCCCCCCUGCACAGUUUCAUGCACAGAUGCACAGAGCUUUAAAGAUGAUAAUCAAAUUACCUGAUCUGUGUCUAUAUGUAUGUCCUAGCAAUUGAUUUAUAGUUUCACAUUUCA